UCAUUGGCUCCGUGGGGUUGUGAGGAAACAGCGCUUCCAACAGAAAUCGACUUCGGCGAAAAAAUAUAAACAAAAACAUGUCAGAUGAUCUGGUGAAACAGCUGUCCAGCUACAAAGCUCAGUUACAGCAGGUCGAGGCGGCCUUAUCGUCCGAUCCAGAGAAUGAGGACCUGCUUAAACUCCAAAAAGACUUACAGGAAGUCAUCGAGCUGACGAAAGACCUCCUGUCCAGCCAGCCCUCCGCAGCCCCCUCCAGUUCGAGCAGCUCGGCCGCGGCUCCACCCACUCACUGCUGGGGCGUGGGGAGCCGCUGCAUGGCAGUGUGGAGUGAGGACGGACAGUUGUAUGAAGCCGAGAUCGAGGAGAUAGAUGAAGAGAACGGGACGGCAGCCAUCACCUUCCUGGGCUACGGCAACGCUGAAGUGCUGCCGCUAGCGAACCUGAAACCUGUGGAGGAGGGAAAGCGCUCGGAGGAGGAAGGGGGCAAGUCCAAAUCCAGGAAGGAGCAGAUCGCAGAGCAGAGGGAGUAUAAGAAGAAGAAGGCCCAGAAGAAGGUGCAGAGAAUGAAGGAGCUGGAGCAGGAGCGGGAGAACCAGAAAUCCAAGUGGCAGCAGUUCAACAACAAAGCGUACUCGAAGAGCAAGAAGGGACAGGUGAAGAGGAGCAUAUUUGCGUCUCCAGAGAGCGUCAAUGGAAAGGUUGGCGUUGGAACAUGUGGAAUAGCUGACAAACCCAUGACGCAGUACCAGGACACAUCAAAAUACAAUGUUAGGCAUCUCAUGCCACAGUAGCGGGAGAUGUCUGUAAAAUAUCACGUUUUGGUGUUGUCUGUGGUCUGUAACAGCUGGGUCGGUACUUGCCAAGCUGUGUGUUUCUAUGAACUAGUUUACUUAAGUAAAGAUGUUUUUUGGGGUCGGGGGGUGGGAGAAAAAAUGCUUGCACAUUUAGUGGUUGACUUUUUGUAAUUGAGUCCUGCUUGGAUUUAAAAGCUACUUUUCCCUGUCCCCCUGUGUACCACAAGGAAACUGUUUUAAAUAACUUCUGCAAUUAACAAAACUACAGUUAAAGCUAUGCCAAAUUAGGUAGUUUCUGGUCUUAAUGAGCAUAGCAGGCCAGCCAAAAACAUUUCAAAUUUGUUUUGGAUUUUUCAACAUCCUAAAAGACAUAGGCUCAGACACAGACUAUCAUUUGAGCGUAAUAGAAGUACUCAUGACUCAUAAUGCCAUGAUUUCUUUGACGUCUCUAUUCUGGUAUAACUCAUUCCAUUUCCUAAUAUUAAGAUUUUAAUAAAAAAAGUAGACAGAUUUGAUGUGGAAAUUAGACUUUGCAAGAGCAACUCCUGAAGACAUGUAUUAUGAUGCUUCCAGCCCCCCAUUGUAUUCCACGUUAUUUUUUUUAUGUGAAUUAUGUCAAGGUGUAUUUUAAUUUACUUUCACCUCUUCUAAAAAGACAUGAUGAUGUAACAGAUCUGAUCAGAAUUGUCUUGGCGUAGAAGACACCCAAUGUAAUUCUGUGAGGAAAAUAAACCCAGGAAAGCGUUCAGUUGGAUUUACAGUACAUUUUUAUGGUAAGGGACAUUGUGUGUUUGAAAUGUCCAAGUUACCACGUCUGGUAUGGCUCAUUGUCAUGUAUGUUUGCUUGGUUUAUUUUUACUGCCUCGGUGUGUGUACAUGGUAAAUGACAGUUGUCUGGUAAACUGCUGGUCAUUUAGAAAGGGGGAAAACCUCAGGUGUUUCUUCAUAGCCCUUUCUUCCAAUGGGUGAGAGAAGGGUUUUCCCUUCUCUCACUGUCCCUCUGUACAUCUGUGUAAGAACCACUUUCCUGGGCUCAAAUCAUGCAGUUAGUUGAGGUGCUCGUCUUGGAUGUCACAAGGUAAACUGAGUUUCAAAGACCUGGAUUUACUUUUCAUUUCUGUGCAGGGAUGGAUUACAGACAACCUGCAAAGUAAGCUU